UAUGAAGUUCAGUUGAUGAUUUCAGAUUGGUUGAAAAUGAUUCACAGCCUGUUCAUAAUCAACGGACAGAGGGAUGUGUUCAUGGAAAAACACUGGAAAAGUGUAGUAAACAAAUCAAUAUGUGACUACUUCUUCGAAGAGCUGAGCAAUGGAAGUAGUGCAGAUGACGUGCAACCAGUGAUCGCGACUCCGCAUCACUACUUGGUGUCCAUCUACAGAGACAGACUGUAUUUGGUAGCUGUCGUGACCCAGGAGGUGCCCCCUCUCUUCGUCAUCGAGUUCCUCCACAAGGUGGUGGACACGUUCACAGAGUACUUCGACGAGUGCUCCGAGACUGCAAUCAAGGACAACUAUGUCGUAGUCUAUGAGUUAUUGGAGGAGAUGUUGGACAACGGAUACCCCUUGGCCACUGAGAGUAACAUCUUACAGGAGCUCAUCAAACCCCCCAACAUCAUCCGAUCUGUAGUCAACACGGUCACCGGAAAGUCCAAUGUGUCAGAGACAUUGCCAACUGGUCAGCUGUCGAAUGUUCCGUGGAGGCGUAGCGGAGUGAAGUACACAAAUAAUGAGGCCUACUUCGACGUCGUGGAAGAAAUUGACGCUAUCAUCGACAAAUCCGGCGGCACUGUGUCUGCAGAGAUUACAGGAUGGAUAGACGCGGCCAUUAAGUUGACCGGCAUGCCCGACCUCUGCCUGAACUUCAUCAACCCCCGUGUGUUGGAUGAUGUCUCGUUCCACCCCUGUGUGAGAUACAAGAAGUGGGAACAGGAGAAAGUGCUCUCUUUUGUACCACCAGACGGGAACUUCCGACUCAUCUCUUACCACCUCAGUUCAAAUAAUGUGGUUGCCAUUCCAAUGUAUUGUCGAUCCUCAGUCAGCUUCAAGGAUGGAUCGGGCAAGCUAGACAUCACGAUUGGACCUAAACAGACCAUGGGGAAACUGCUAGAAGAUGUCGUGAUCACAGUACCCUUCAACAAAGUGGUUCUCACAGUGACCUUGACUGGCAACCAGGGUGCGACCUCGUUUGAUCCCGCCACAAAAAUAUUCACGUGGAAAGUGGGAAAAAUUGACCCUCAGAGACUAACGCCGACACUCAAAGGAAAUAUUCAGUUCCCAGUAGGCUCUCCCAUCCCUGAGAAUCCGACUGUAAUGGUAGACUUCAAGAUACACCAGCUGGCCACAUCCGGACUCAAGGUCAACCGACUAGACAUGUACAAUGAGAAGUACAAACCGUUCAAGGGAGUGAAAUACCUGACGAAAGCCGGUCGCUUCCAGUUCAGGACGUGAGGAGACAGCGUACCAAUAUGUAGAUGUUCACAUCACAAUCACACCAGCUAUCUCAAACUGUAUUUAUCUGCGAACUAUUCCAAAUAAUUCGUCGGGCGCAAACUUGUCUCAACGAUUAUAUGUUUCUUGAAUAAUAAAUGUAGAAAUUUCAAUUUAAUUUCAUAUUACUUUACAGCGGAUAAUAAGUGACUCUUAAGACAGCAUGUUACGCAGUGUUCAAGACUUGCUCCAAAGUUGUGCAAUAAAAUCAAUAUUCAAUGUAAAUCUUUAUACAUUAUAUCAGUUCAUACCAUUUAGUUGUAUCAUAAAGAGUCGUUCUGUGUAUUUGGCUUCAAUAACUUGAAUAGAUAAUUUUAAUUGUAAAUUUUGAAAGUUUGCUGCUACAGGUAUAUCUUUUUAUUUUUCAA